UGAAAGCAGCAUCAGCCGCACGGUUGCAGUGAGCCCGCAGACAGACAGACCGACAGACAGACAGACAGACAGACAGGCAGGCAGGCAGUACAGACAGCGCUGUUCUCACACACACACACACACUCUCUCUUUCAUUGGAUUGAUUGACGGUACAUCGACGGAUCGUCGCCGGUAUGAACGCGGAGGAGACGAACGUGGAGCUGAAGGAUGCUGAGACCAAAGAUGCGGAGCCGAAGGAGGCUGCGGAUCCCGCUCCGGUCGCCGCGGAUGCUGACGCGACGGAGGCCGAUGUGAGCGAAGCGGAUCUGGACCAGGAGGAGCAGGAGAAGCAGCCGAUGACCGGAGGAGAAGACCGGGCCGAGGAUGCUCCGUCUGCCGGCGGAGAAGCGGCUGCGGCGGCGGAGAAAAACGGCUCCGUGAAGCUGAAGAUGCCCGAGGAGGCGGAGGAGGUGAAAUUCACCGGGCUGAACAAAGAGGAGCUGCUGAGAGUGGCCGGGACCCCGGGCUGGGUGCGGACCCGCUGGGCGUUGCUGGUGGUGUUCUGGCUCGGCUGGUUGGGGAUGUUGGUCGGAGCCGUCCUCAUCAUCCUGCAAGCUCCUCGCUGCAGAGACCUACCCGCCACCAACUGGUGGAACAACGGCCCGCUGUACCAGAUUGGAAACGUCCAGGCCUUCACUGAUGGCCGCAACCUGAAGGGCCUGGAGCAGAAGGUGGGCAGCCUGUCUCAGCUGAAGGUUCAAGGUCUAGUGGUCGGACCGAUCCACGUCGCUCCGGCAGACGAAGCCAUGAGCCUGAGGUUCGAGGAGAUUUCCCCUGAGGCCGGAAACCUGGAGCAGUUUAAAAGCCUCGUCCAGGUCGCUCACAAGAAGGGUAUUUCUGUUGUUCUGGAUCUGACUCCAAACUACCAGGGAUCAUCUGGACCCUGGUUCUCCAACAUCAGUGUGACCAACGUAGCUGAGAGACUGAAGUCUGCUCUGGUGUUCUGGCUGAAUGAAGGCGUGGAUGGCGUGCAGUUGUCGGGGGUGGAGCGGGUGGCCGGUGUGGUGCCUUCUCUGUGGACCGACAUUCGAGCCAUCAUACAGAAUGGGACAAGUCCCAAAAAGAGAGUCCUGAUUGGUGUCACAGAGCGCUCCUCCGCUGAAGACGUGUCCGCCCUCCUCAACUCCACUGGCGUCGACCUGCUGAUCUCUAGGGUCCUCCUCCACAACAACAAGGACCACGCUCAGUCCGUCCAGCUCCUGUAUUCGUCCCACAUCCAGACCAAGCUGGCCUGGAGCCUGGGGGGGAGGGCCGAGGGUCAUCUGGCGUCGCUGGUGGGUCCGGCUCAGGUCAAACAACACCAGCUGCUGCUGCUCACGCUGCCCGGGACGCCCGUCAUCAACUACGGAGACGAGAUCGGCUUGAUGGACGAGGGCACCAAGUUUCCCAGGAUGCUUUGGGACUCUGAUGAGGAGCUGAAUGGGACUCUGCAGGAGGAGAGAGCCGAGCGGUUGUCCUGUCGCAGUUUUUUCCGCAGUCUGAGCGAGCUUCGUGGUAAAGAGCGCUCCCUGCUGUUCGGUGACUUCUUCCUCCUCACUAACUCCUCCUCUUCCUCCCUGGCGUACCUGCGGCUCUGGGAUCAGAGCGAGCGUUACCUGGCCGCCUUCAACUGGGCGGAGGAGGCGGCGGUGCUGCAGUUAACAGACGUGCUGCUGCCCCGGCAUGCUGUGGUCGUCCACAGCACCAACAGCAGCGCCCUGCCUGCCGACAAAAGUGUGGAUCUGACAUACCUCCGGCUCGGCCCCGGACAGGCUGCGCUCCUCAGGUUUCCCUACACUGGAUAGAGUUUGGAUCCUGUCAUCAGCUGUUAUGUCCCGAAAACAUGAUGAUUGAAGCCUCAUUUAGACACCACAAGUUAAAAUGAAUAACUCUUUACCCAUUUUAACUCUGGAUACUGCAGGGAUGUUAAUUAGAGUCAAAACUCCUUCUCAGAGUCAUAACUGAGUCAAAUGUGAACACACAGACAUGAAACACAUAUUAUAUAAUUUAGAUGUCCAUACAGAAUAAAAGACCAAAAAUCCACUUAGAAAUCACAGAAAAGAAGCUCCUUAUAACGGAGAACUUGAGCCUGAGAAUCUUUAAUCUUCCACUAAUAAGUGUCAGUACAUCCAAAGGUUCACGGCUAACAGGAGCUGCUAGCAGCUAAUUCAGCAUAUUUUUAAUGGAGACAAUUUGACAAAAUGUGAAUGAAUCUAAGCUUAAAAUAGCUGUAAAGAGAAUAACAGUACUUACUGUAGCCCCUGCUGACUUUGAAGAGUAACUUUAAGUAUUUUUCAACAUGGACCUUAUUUUCAAAGUGACUGAGAUCCACAGUUUAAAACUUGUCUGAAUGAGGCUUUAUCAGAAGGAUCUGCUUAAUAAAUGUUUCAUGGUGUUUUUCAGCAGCUCCUUCACAUUAAGAGUUGGAUAUAAAUCUACACCUGUUCUCUCUGUGUUGUGCAUUCUUUGAAAACUAAAUAAAAACUAAGGAAAAGUA